GUAUGAAAUAGCUCACAAGGUAAUGGAGCUUCAAGCUCAAGCUUCCAACGGGCUUAACCUGUCUCUUCGCUCUCAUUCUUUUGCAAUUCCAUUUUUUCAGCUCAUCGAAAUCAUGUCAAAAACCAAGAAGAACGUCGUGUUUGACGUAGUAGGGACCUGCGUCUCCUACGACGCCUUCUUCAACGCCAUCGAUGAGCGUCUUGGCCCGAAACUCCGCGCAGAAGGCAUCAAGCCCAAACUUCUAGGCUUCGCGUGGAUGGAAGCUGCUGAACGAGAGUACACCUACCUCAGUAUUUCCGGCGGCUACAAAAGCUUCUGGGAAGUGUUCCAACCGCUCUUCUACCGCAUGUUGUGGAUGGCCGGGAUCGAAGAACCGAGGAAAUUCGCCACAGACGAGGAUAGUUUGUACAUGGUUGAGGCGUAUAAGAAGCUUGAUGCGAGACCUGGAUUGAAGGAGUGUUUUGAGAAGUUGAGAGGUGCGGGAUUCAAGGUCUGGGCUUUGACUUCCGGGGACACGAGCAGAGUCAGAGGAUACUUUGAGAGGAAUGGUGUGGAUAUGCCGGCGGAGAACUUUACGAGUUGUGAUUCCCUUGGUGUUGGGAAGCCGGAUCCAAGUGUAUAUGCAGAGGUGCUGAAGAAGUUCGAGGGUGCGGAAAAACCUUGGUUUGCAGCUGCUCAUACCUGGGAUGCUGGAGCUGCGAGAAGAAAUGGGUUUCGAGCUGCUUGGUGUUCAGUUUGGGAGAAGGAGCAAUGUGUGGACAUCUUCGGCGACAUGGAUGUGACGGCAGAUUCAUUACCGGAAAUGGCAGAUAAGAUCAUUGCAGCGUCAACAUGAGUGUUAUAAAAAAAACCGGCAGAGAGGAAGCAUGAAGCUGGUCAUGAGAGGGUUUCUGGAAAACAGUGUCUCGUUACGUGAGACUGGCGAAGCGAAAAGGGGUUAGGGGCCGAAGCGAGGAUGACUUAUGAGGUUCAACCCUUCUUUUAAACAGUAAAUCAAUCCAAAAAAGAAAGAGUGUUAUGCCAUCAAGAUCUUGGCCAC